ACUUCCUGUGUGAAAGGUCUAGAACAUGGCGGCCUCUUAUCGGAGCCUUAAUGUUGCAUACCCGCGCUGUUUGUAGUAGUAACUCUGUUUAUAUCCGGUUGUAGUUUUAAUCCUACAGACAGCAUGCUUUGGGCUGUGGUUCGGAGCCGGACUCCGGGGUCCCUCGUGCUGGCCCCUCGGCUUGGUGUUGUGCUUGAGAGUGUGCGGGGCAGGAAGUCUCGCACUGACCCGAAAGCCAAGUCCAAAGCGGGCCGGAUGAAGAGCCCGCCCCCGGUGGACCCUGUGGAGAUGGUGGUGCUGAAGGAGCGCUUCACUGACUACAACCUCAUCAUGAGGGCACUGAGGUUACAGUUUAAAGAGGAGAUGCUGAGGAAGCGCUAUGAGGAAGAGACCGGCUCCUUAGCAGAAGAGCGAGCCAAGCAGGAGGCUGAGGAACACCAAUCAUUAAUGGCCUGGAAUGAUGCGGAAAACCUCAGAUUGCGAAAAAUCCGUGAGCUGCGUGUGCAGAAAGAGACUGAAGCUGCUGAACAGAGGAGGAAAGAGGCAGCGAUUUUGCGGCAACAAGAGCUUGAGAAUUACAUCAAAGAAAAAGAGAGAGAAAUCCUGCAGCUACAGGAAGAGGCAAAGAACUUUAUUACCCUGGAAAAUUUGGAUCAGCGGAUUGAAGAGGCAUUGGACAACCCCAAAAACUACAACUUUGCUAUAAAUAAGGAGGGACAAGUGGUCAAACGAACUGUGCUGCAAUAAAAAAAAAAGUUGAACAAAACAUCACGAUUAAAGAGACUGAAAUUGUGCAUGUCUAUUUCCAAACUGAUGUGACUGCAAGUGUCUACUCUCAGAAUGUUUGUUUCUUUUCUUAAGUAAAGUUAACUUGUGUUUCAGUUA